GCUCGUUCCAGAUGGCACCGCAUCAUUCUAUAGCCUCUCAAUCAAUGCAACCACUCUUCAUCAUCCAACCUCACUCCAAACGAGAUACCUACCAUUAUCAAACACCUUGCAUCAGUGACCGCCGUUGCCCGUCAUGUCAGACUCCAUCGUAUUCUCCCCGGGCCCCUACCACAUCAUCUCCUAUGGAGCCCUCCUAGGAACGACGUUCUUCCAUUCCUUUGUAAACGGCAUCACAAUGUUCCGCGUCCUCGAGCGACCAGCCUUUGCAACCGCCCAAAACGCCCUGUUCCCCGUCUACUUCACCAUCCAGACGGCGCUCCCCGCUAUCAUGGCCCUCACCUACCCGGGCAGCCGCGGCCUCCUCGGCGAGCAGGCCAGCAGCAUCACCGGGCUCCUCCAGGAGUCGAACCGCUAUACUGCCCUGCUGCCCAUCGCCACCAUGUUCCUCACGGGCCUCGUCAACCUCGCCGUUGUCCUGCCCAAGACUGUAACGGUCAUGAAGGCUAGAUAUGCCCAAGAGAAAAAGGAUGGAAAGAAGAGCUACGACGCCGCGCCGCAUUCUCAGGAGAUGCAGGCUCUCAACAAGUCCUUUGGCAAGCUCCACGGCAUCUCCACCCUCAUUAACCUGGCUGGCUUCAUUGCCAUGAUCCAGUACGGCUUCUCGCUGGCAGCUCGUCUUGACUAAGGUCACGUCCAUGUAUAGUAGUGUAAGAAUGCAGAUUAGGUGACUGGUUAGGUUGGCAGAAGCCGUGUAUUAGGAUUUGACUCAUUUGCACGUAAGUACAAGUCGGCAUAUUACCGCAAAACGCAGUACGUUUUCACUUUUCCCGUCCCUUUUAAUCAUGUUCAUCAAGUGAACCCCCGAAAAAUAAGAAAUUGCUCAUGCUCGAAUGAAACGCCGUUUGGUGAGGUGCAAAGACAUUCGUCUCUGUGCGCUACUGAUUGCCCUGAAGUUGCGCUGUCCGACGCCUCUGCCUUCCUCGCAGACUGCUAGUGCUUCCUCCAUCCGCCCGUCCGUCCGUCCAUCAAUCCGAUUUUACGCCUGGGUAUCGUCUUCGACUGGCGCAAGGUGCUCGACGCGAGUCCGUUCGCGAGCCGAACAAGCCGUGUGUCGAAUUGUACUGAAAAUGCAAGAACACCGAAAUUCAAUCGUCGUCGCCGGCGGUAACUCGUGGGCUGUGUCGCCGUUGCUGUAGCCAGCGACAUGUCCCAUUUGACCGUCAUUCGUCGUCGCCUAAAAGUUGUUCUUGCGCGGCGGGAGCGGAACGUUCUUGAGAGCCUCGCUGGAGGCGAAGAGCUCCCUCUUGGCGUCCUCGAGGGCCUUGCGGCGCUGGGCCUUAACCUUCUCUUCGUCGACGACCUGGACGGGUCGGUCGACGGCAAUGGCUCCUCUGACAGUCCAACGGCCAGGCUUGCGGGAAAGAGCCUCCUCGACGUCGAUCUCGGCGGUAGGCUUGGGGAAGUCGCGAGAGAGGGGCGGCAGGGGGUUCUUGCUCUGGAGGGCGGAAGAGGUCGUAACGGUGCCGCCAGGAGUGAUAACGGGGCGAUCCUGGAUCUCAGCAGAUGUGCGCGUAGAGGUGGUUGUGGAGCUCUGGAUGGAAGUGAAGUAGUCGGCCUGGACAGAGGCGUCGGUGGAACCCGUGACGGGCGUCUGAACGUUGUGUGCCUGAGAAGCCAUUGUGUAGUCGUAGGUGGGAAGAGAUGAAAGGUUGAGCAGUUGCUCUUCAGAGAUAGGGAGGGGAGCCAUGGCUGCUGAUAUAUGGGCUAUCGAAAAGCUGUCUCCGGUGGGGUCUGAUUUGCCGCUUUUUUCGGUCCAAUGCUGAUGAGACGAUUGUUUGGGACGGUGGAGAAAGAUAGCGUAGGUCCGUAGGGAAGAGUCAGGUUCCGCGGGACUAUUUUGAGUGGGUGUGCGAGGAGAAUAGGGAUUAAUUCGGACCAAGGUGGACAAGGUUAUGGAGAAAAGGGCAGCAAGGUACGGACGAGCCAGGGAACCGUGGUGUGUGUGGAUGUGGUUGACGUUAGAGGUGGGCGGAGGAGAGCUCUCGUAUCGAUCCUAAGUUGUUAUUGCUGCUUUUUUGGGUGCAAAGGGACGGCGGCCGAGGGAACCUUGGGUAAUCGUGACGAGGGAAAGAAAGUCAAAUUGUCGACGGGAGGCUCUUUCGGUUCAAAAUUGGCUAUCCUUGUGACUUAUGACCGUAAAGUCCGAAUAUGUGUGGCAUGUGGCAAGCGGGGAGGAGCAGAUUUAUAAUACUUUCCAUCUGAAGCAAACGUCCUCCUUAUCUUUUUUUUUUCUUUUUCCCUUUUUGGGUGUGUGUCUGAUGUGUCU